AACAUUUUGUCGACUACUCAGCAUGGCUCUUCUAACCUCUUUCCUGGUUGCACUGGCAGCAUGUCUCCCUGUUCUUCACACAGCCAACGCUCAGAGCGUCGACGGCUGGGUUUCUGAAGGCUGCUACACGGAUGAUGAAGCGAUUCGCACCCUGAUUGGCCCGUCUAGCACCAUCACGUCGAUGACCAUCGAGUCCUGCAUCGAAUUUUGUGGGGACCAGGAUGGUCUGUACGUUUAUGCAGGCGUUGAAGACGGGCAGCAGUGCUGGUGCGGCAAUGGUAUAGAGAACCUCGGCGAACCGGCUGCUUCUUCAAACUGUGAUAUGGCAUGCACUGGAGAUUCGAGCGAGAUCUGCGGCGGUGAUUAUUAUAUGAAUAUCUAUUGGAGCCGCAUUCCACCCCCGCCGCCUCCGGUCACUGUCUACCAGGUUGGAUAUUGGGUGUCGCUCGGCUGCUACAGCGACUCGCCCGAUGCGCGCACACUCACUGCUGGUUCUGAUCUUGAACCAGAUACCAUCACUGUCCAGUCUUGCACGUCCUAUUGUUACGAUAAUGGCUACAACUACGCCGGAGUCGAGUACUCCCAACAGUGCUUCUGCGGCUCCGCUAUUGAGAAUGGGGGCGUCCCGAUCAACCUGAGCAACUGCGACAUGCUCUGUGCCGGCAACAGCUCCGAGUUUUGCGGUGGCGACGAUAGUCUUGAUCUUUACGUCUUCAACUGAUGGGAUCACUGUUCGUUCCGCGCCAGAUCGUCUAGGGACGAUGCGUUAACCGACCGUUUAUGCAGAACAUGGUGAUUCAAUGACCUGUAUUGCACCGUCUUCUCGUUCGUUACCGCACUUGAUUGUCUAAAUUCCCGCAAUAUAUGCAGCGACGUUCU